AUGGUUCAGCAAGUGGCUGGAGUAACAUUAUUGGUCCACACAUCUCCGGCAUACAACAGAAAGCGCUUGGAAGGUUUUCUAUCUCCAAGCUUGGAGAUUUGUUCAAUUUGUCUGAGAUGCCCAGGGUUCUGGAUCAUUUACAGGAAUUUGGCGCUAACUUACUCCAUCCUCCCAAAGAACUUCAACGCCAAAAUGGACCAAGCAUUCAAACGUUUUAUAUGUUUGCUUCUCUUUUAUGACAUGGAUUGGAAGAUGUCUGUGUACCCCAAUGGUGAUCAAGAAAGAAAUGGCAAAGGAUAUAUAUCUCUAUACUUGAAAAUCAUGGAGACAAUUAAUUUACCUCUUGGUUGGGAGGUCAACUUGAACUUCAAAUUGUUUCUGUUAGACCAGAUCCAAGACAAAUACAUGGCUGUUCAAGAUGCCAAUGGGAAGGUGAGGCACUUUAAUGCGAUGAAAACUGAGUGGGGAUUUCUGCAAUUACUCCCACUCGGUACUUUCACGGAUGCUGCUAAUGGAUACCUCAUCCACGACACUGGCGUGUUUGGAACUGAAGUUUUUGUAGUAAACUCCACUGGCAGAGGAGAGUGUCUAGAUAUAAUGGAGGAACGUCACAACACUCAUAUUUGGAAAAUUGAAAAGUUUUCGUCUCUACAUGAUGAAUGUUAUUGCUCUGAUGACUUCACACUUGCAAGUCGGAAGUGGUAUGGAAUUGUUAACUUUUCUCUUCUCAGCGAAAAUUGUUUUGCUUAUAUGUCUCUUCAAAUGUAG